AUGGCAAACCUAGAGACCCAACCCCCUCCCACCAAAUUCCUCCAGCUGAGCUAUCCAGUGCCUCGUGUCGUUCUCGCGACAAUGUCCCGCCCAAAGGAUCUCAAUUGCAUGAACACGAGCGCACACUGGGAAAUGGACGCUUUCUGGAAAUGGUUAGAUCUCGAGCCUUCUCUUACAGUGGCCAUAAUCACUGGCUCAGGCCGUGCCUUCAGCGCAGGUGCUGAUCUGAAAGAGUGGGACAACAGCAUGGCAGCGGAUGCGGAUCCAAAAAAUAGACUGGGAAAUGCGCCUGCAUUCAAGCCGUUGAGUCGAAGAUUGGGGAAGAAGCCGGUGAUCGCCGCGGUCAAUGGGCUAAGUAUGGGCGCAGGGACAGAAUUCGCAAUCAAUUGUGAUCUCGUCGUUGCGGCCGAGAACGCCUACUUCGCCCUUCCAGAAGUCAAACGCGGCGUGUCCCCUAUUGGCGGAGCACUUCCACGCAUCAUUCGGACGCUUGGCCUUCAACGUGCGAGUGAAUUUGCGCUCACAGGCCGAAAUGUCUCAGCGAAAGAACUACACAGUUGGGGUCUUGUCAACAGCGUGGUUCCGCUCGAAGGUCUCAUAGCAGAGGCGGUCAGGUACGCGACCAUGAUCGCAGAGAACAGUCCAGAUGCGAUCAUCUGCACGAGGGCAGGCCUCAGAGAAGGUUGGGAGAGCGCCAGUGUGGAGAGGGCUGUUGAGAUCACGCUCGAGCGGGAGUUUGCACAGUUGCAAAGAGGAGAGAAUAUUCUAGAGGGCUUAAAGGCGUUUACGGAGAAGAGGAGGCCUGUUUGGAAAGCUUCGAAAUUAUAG